AUGACAAGACUCAAACUCAAACUACUGGAGAAGAGACUGGAAAACGAAAAGCACAAUAUGGACACAAGAGCAGAUUCUGCCCAGUCUGCAAGGAGUUAUGAUGGACAGCUGGAUCAACUUCACCUUGCACUGAGGCGCAAGCGGGCCCUCCAGCAAAUACUCCGGGAGCAGCACAUGUUAGAAUACCUCAACAGACCCCACACCUGGGGAGGGUCACAAAGACAGUACAAGUCACAUUUCUUCACUGCCCCUCAGCCGCCUCCACCACUCCCACUUCACCAGGCGGCCCCUGUUCUGCACUUCCUGACCCCUCCACCGCCUGCCCGACCCCAGCCUCCUCGCAUCAUCCAGCAGACUCUACCCGAGCAGCCUGCCACCAUCAUACAACAGCAGCCUCUGUUUACUCAAAUCCCUCAGCCCUACCCUGCACCACGCUCAGGCAGCAUCAAAGAGGACAUGGUGGAAUUGAUGCUGAUGCAAAAUGCCCAGAUGCAUCAGAUCAUAAUGCACAAUAUGAUGCUGAAAGCCAUGCCUCCUAUAGCCCUGUCACCACCUGGAGGUCCCAGUCACUGUGACAGUUUCCAGGGAAACCCUAUUUUUGUACGCCCAGAUGUCAAACCAAGAGGAAGUGCUGUCCAUCAUCAUCAUCACUAUGGUCCUACUUCUGUGGCACCACAGCUGCCCCCCAUCAGCAACCCUACAUGGCUACCAGGGGUGUCAUCUGUCCCAGCAGGACAAGCAGCGAGACAUCUACCAUCCAUACACCACGCAACAGCCCCUUUUACACUCCCACCACUCAAUGGUAAGCCUCACUAA